CAAACAGAGCAGGGGCGCGACGAGCUCCGCGAUGAGCCAACACGAAGGUGACGACCACGCGGCGGAAGAGGAGCAACACGUCGGGGAGGACGCGGAAGGGGAGCGGCACGCCUCUGCCAUGUCCACAGAGAGCCUCCUGGCCGCCUCGGACGAUGUCGAAGAGGCUCACGGCGGCACGCAGUCCUCGCACCGGCUGCUGGCCUACAGCGACGCGCUCCUCUCCAUCAUCGCUACCGUCAUGAUUCUUCCUGUGGCCCACACCAAGAUGCAGGGCGAUGAGGAGCUGGAUGAAAACCUUCAGCUUCUGCUAAGCACCAAGUUGGCCGUCUAUCUGAUGACCUUCCUCAUUGUAACUGUGGCCUGGGCGGCGCACAUCAGGUUAUUCCAAGUGAUCGUGCGGAUCGAUGACACUCUGGCCUUGCUCAACCUUGUAUGUGGACUAAUGUGGACUUUGUGCCUGAAGUUCCUUUUACAAGCCCGAUAUGAUAUUGCUGUCCCUUCUGUGUCGUUCCUGUUUGGGGUUUCAGGCGUGCAUGAUGCUGAUCACCCUGCUGCCGUACACAGUCAGUCUCAUUGCCGCCAUCUGUUGAGAAACCACAUCGCCAAUGACAUCACCGCAGAGUUUUUCUCGUGCUUGCAGUUUUCGCUGAUGGCGACCUUUCCCUCGCACAUUCUUGGAAUUCUUCUUUUCUGCGGCUGCGUGAUGGUCAUCGGUCUCAUUCAGUCGGUGAUCGUCUUGUACGCCUUCGGUCGUCCGUUCCUGCUCCAGGAUCAGAUCCAAGCGUGUGAGGACCGCACCGUGUGCCGACAUCACAUCCUUAAAGUCCUCCUGAGGGUUCCUGUCAUGUGCCUCCUGGCUGCAGUUUGCUCCUUCUUCUGCUACCAGCUGUCGUACGUGUUGCUUGCUCUUGUCAUCUUCCUUCCGUACAUCUCCCAGGGCGUCCUGUGGUGUCGGGACAAACUUCUCGGUCCCGCGGAGGAGGAUCCGGAGCAGGUGAUGUUUUACACCUUCCUGCCCAGCGAGCCGCUGAGUAAAGAGCGUGUGGAGGCCUUCAGUGACGGCGUCUACGCCAUUGUGGCCACGCUGCUCAUCCUGGACAUUUGCGAGGACAACGUCCCCGAACCGGCCACGGUGCGGCAGCGCUUCAAUGACAGCCUGGUGGCGGCGCUGCGCCCGUACGGGUCCGACUACCUGGCUUACCUGGGCUCCUUCGCCACCGUGGGCCUGCUCUGGUUCGCGCACCACUCACUGUUCCUGCACGUGGCCCAGGCCACGCGCCUGAUGGGCCUCCUCAACACCAUGUCCCUGGCUUUUGUCGGGGGCCUGCCGCUGGCCUUUCGGCUCACCCACGAGCUGCCUCAUGCCGCCUCGCGUGACGAGCGGCGCGCCGUACAAGCCGCCUGCGUCCUUGUCUUUGGCGCCGGUGCGUUCCAGCUGGCCACCUGGGUAGCGGCGCUGCAGGGCAGCGGGCAACGGACGCUGAGGCCGGCGGUGCGCUAUGGCGGCCCCGAGCACGUCUUUAUGCUGGCCAAGCUGACGCUGUACCCGGCCGUGGCCCUCACCGCCUUCCUGCUCACGUGCGCACUGAGCCGCUUCAGUGCCACCAUCUUUCACCUGAUGGAGAUUGCCACGCCGCUCGCCUUCCUGCUGCUCAGGUUGACGGUGAGAGUCGUCCUGGCCCUGUUCAGACGCCUGUUUGGUCCGCAAAGGAGACAAACGCAAAACGGCGAGGAAAACAUUUGCUCCGGGGUUCCGUUCAACCCGCUGCUAAUCGGCUGACGUGUCGAGCGCGCUUAAUGCAUGGAAAACAACGACACGCUUUGCAGCUUGGCGGCGCUGCUAACUGCGUUAUGUGCACUCAUGUCGUCCAUUUUAAGCAAUCAGAACCUCAAAAAUAGUGGCGUCAGCCAGGACAAAAUUUAAGGGGCUAAUCAAGCUGGAAAGGGAAUUCUAGGUGUGAUUAUUUGUUUUAAAUUUAUACAAUACAUAUAACAUUUAACCCCCCCGGAUUUGCAGAUAAUAUUUCCAUUUUGGGGGAUUUUUUUUCAUUUACAGGAUAAUUGAUUGGAAAAAUAUUUGUUUGUGGUCAUCGCAACGGCACAGAAAAUCACUUUCGGAUAAGUUGCGUCAUCAACAAACAGGGUCUUGGGAAAGACGGACAACGAUAAUUUGAGGGCAUUCACGAAAAACGCAAGAAAAUCAGUCUUGAAACAUCCAAUGGCUAGAAAAGGUCUACACACCCCAGUCCAAAUGAAAUUGGGGACAAAAACAGGGUGGGCAAAACAUUUUACACUCUUUUCCUGUACCUAACCUCCUUGGACAUGUUGCAUUUGUCCACAUUGACUUGUUAGUAACAUACAAACUAAUUAAGUCACGUCUUACUGCUAGGCUACAUCAAACCCAUUUUAAUGUCGUUUCUAAUAGCCAAUAACAAACUGCAAUUAAAUCACGACAAUGGUGGCCGAACAAAAAAGACAAACUCCCAUUUUUUUUUAAGUGACUUCUUUUUACGCCCCCCCCCCCCUCCCUUCCCAAACAAAAUAAUAACCCUGGAAUUUGCAAAAAACGUCCGCUUCGACCCAAAAUGUCAGUCUUACGCGCUGCGUUCCCGCUCUGAAUAUUUGUGCUAUUGGUGCGGAUCUUCGCCAUUUGUAUUCACACCUGAAGCGAACCGCGUCAGAGUUCGUUUGAAAGUGAACCGAGACCACUUUAUCCGCACCAGGAUUCGUUUGCGUGUAUUCACACCCGCACAAAAAGUCCGGACCAGCCUUCCAAUCCAACUCUGGUCCGUUUAAAGUGGACCAAACAGUCAGGUCUGAAUACACCCUGAAUAAUUGACACUAUACUGAUACUAAUGCCAUAGAAAUGUCACUAAGCCAUCAAUUCAAAUUGCACAUUUUAAGCAUUGUUUUUGUUUUGCUGAUUUACAAACGUCCACCAGUAGGAGUCAAUGUCGUUUCAGUUAAAAGCACCACUGGUGAGUAAAAGAUUUCAAAAAAGCACGUGAAAUUAUUAUUGAAGUCUGCGUUGUUGUUAUGAUCGAGUUGUGUGCUUGUUGUGCAAUGGGUUGUUUAUUUCAAUUCAGAGACAUCUGGAAUGUUCUUCAAGUGAAUUUGGAGAUUUUGUGGCAUUGUUAAAGUACGGGAAAAAAAAUUGUAGUUUUUAUUUUAUAGUCAUAUUUUUUGUGCAGAAUAAAAAUGUUACAAUAAACAACAAAAUAUAUUUUUUAAAUUAUUGACCCCAGCUUCAUUGCAAACCCUUCAUCAUUUUCAUCUUCUACCAUGAUAAUAAACAUCAUCAAAUAUUCACAA